GAGACCAGGCUAACAGGUCACUGGAAAACAAGCGUUGGUGCCAGGGCCUCCGGUGGAGACCAGUGUGCCUUUUCAGAGACAGACCAUGGACACGGUGCGCAUUGCGGUUGUCGGAGCUGGUGUGAUAGGGCUGUCCACUGCCGCGUGCAUUUCCCAGCGGGUCCCCCGAUGCUCCGUUACUGUCCUCUCAGACAGGUUCACUCCUGAUACCACCAGCGAUGUAGCAGCUGGGAUGCUUCUUCCUCACACAUAUCCAGAUACCCCGGUGCCCACGCAGAAGCGAUGGUUUAGAGAGACCUUCCAGCAUCUUUCUGAAAUCGCCAAGUCUGCAGAGGCUGCAGAUGCGGGGGUUCACCUGGUGUCUGGUUGGCAGAUAUUUCGCAGCGUCCCCGCUGAAGAAGUGCCUUUCUGGGCUGACGUCGUGCUGGGAUUUCGGAAGAUGACAGAAGCGGAGCUGAAGCGAUUCCCUCAGCAUGUGUUUGGUCAGGCUUUUACAACCCUGAAGUGCGAGACGUCUGCCUACCUCCCGUGGCUGGAGAAAAGGAUAAAGGGAAGUGGAGGUCUGCUACUCACCAGGAGAAUAGAAGACCUGUGGGAGCUACACUCAUCUUUUGAUAUCAUGGUCAAUUGCUCAGGCCUGGGAAGCCGGCGACUUGUGGGAGACCCCACGAUUUCCCCGGUAAGGGGUCAGGUGCUUCAGGCGCAGGCCCCCUGGGUGAAGCAUUUCAUCCGAGAUGGGGAUGGGUUGACUUAUGUUUACCCUGGCACGUCCUAUGUAACCCUGGGAGGCACCAGACAGAAAGGAGACUGGAAUCUGUCCCCAGAUGCAGAACUUAGCAGAGAGAUAUUUUCUCGAUGCUGCGCUCUUGAGCCUUCCCUCCACAGAGCCCGUGACAUAAAAGAGAAAGUAGGUCUGAGGCCCAGCAGGCCAGGUGUGCGGCUGCAGAAGGAGAUCCUAGUGCGGGGGGAGCAGAGGCUACCCGUGGUCCACAACUACGGCCACGGGAGCGGGGGCAUCUCUGUGCACUGGGGCUCUGCUCUGGAAGCCACCAGGCUGGUGAUAGAGUGUAUCCACACCCUCAGGACCCCAGCGUCCACGUCAAAGCUGUAGCUGACAGCAAGUAAUCCAGGUGAGAGGGGUCGAAGCACAGACUAAGGUCCGGAACCCGGUCUCGUAACUGCCCUACUGUUUGAAAGUUGAAUCUUACCUUCUUUGUUUUCAAUAUUAGAAAUUACACAACGCGUAUCAGUAGACUUAGAAAGCUUGCCAGUAACGACACAGAACACACGAAGCUCCGUUUCUGUCGAAAUAUGCGCUCUCUAAAAAUACUUGUUCUAUAGGGUAAGAUUUGGGGAGGAUCGAAUGCUAAUUUAUGUGGAUGAUGUAAGCGAUAGGGGUUUUUGUAUCUUUGUCUCAGAAGCACAUAUGCACAUAUGAGGAGAUUAAAUGUGUGGGAAAGAUACUUGGCUUCCUGUCCGUCGUAGAGCUGUGCAGGAUCCCCUCAGGUCAUGGAGUCAACCGAGGAAGUGUUUUCAUCUCACUGGAUUGGACCACACAGUGCGGACCCCUGUAUUCAGCUGAGUGUAGACCGCAGCCACUUCCUCCUCCAACUGGUACUGACAAAGGGGGGUGGAGUCGCCUUCGAAGGCUGCACUGGUUUUGCAGCCUCUUCGUGUCUGUCACCGGGUGUUUUGUUGUUUCUGGGACCAAACACCGAACAGAAACAACCUAAAGAAUGAGUUUGCUCAUAGCUGCAGCCCACGGCGCCAGGUGAGGGCCCUUGUAGAACAGAGCUGUGAGCGCACAUCUGCCAGGGCUGAUGGGUGAGACCCCGGCAUCUACGCACUCAUUCCCAUUCAUUUACUCCCCUUCCCCCUCUCCUCCUGCAGCUCUGCCUUCUCCCAAAGGUUCAUUGAAUUCUCAAAUCUGUCCAUGGAUUAAGUCAUUGAUUAGGUCAUCCGUAUCUAGAAACGCUCCACCCAAGGGGGUUCUUUACUUCUCUCCUAAGCAAGCCCCUAUCUUGUCAAGCUGCCAACAGGGAUUUGCUGUAGCAAUCACGGAGGCACGGACUUCAUUACCACAAACUGCGGUGGGCGAGCACUGCCGAAGAUCAAAUCGUCCAUGCAACCAAGGAGCUAAUUUGCGAAUGGAGACGGAACAAUCAUUUUUAAAUGACAUACGACACAAGUGUUCUUCUUCAUGUCAAAAAGUACUGGGAGAGAGGGAUGUGUCUUGCGAUAUUGUAAGUUUGAGAAUUGCUGAGUUGAGUAAUUUAGCCCGGCUCCCUAACUUAGGUCUAUUCAGAGCCUUUAACCUCCCGGUACAUUACAGAUCCUCCGGAGGGUUUUUGGCCUGGGAAAAGAUUAUUCAUUGACGUAAUCAAUCCUGGGGUGGGGAUGUCAUUAAAUUUUGAGGAGAGGUACUUUUUGUUUGUGAAAAGUAAAGUCUGUUUUGAACCUCCUAGGAGGAAUAGAUAAAUUUGGCCAUAAAUAUAGGGACAGGGCUGGAGAGACGGCUCAACAGUUAAGAUUGCUUGUUACUCUUCCAGAGGACAAGAGUUUGUUUCCUGGUGCCCCUGAGGUGCCUACAACCUCCUAUAACUACAGCUUCAGGGUUUCUAACCCCUUCUUCUGGCCUUUGUAGGUACACACACACACACACACACUAAAUAAAUAAAUCAUGUAAAAAUAUUUUAAAACAUAUGGAAGAGAAGCUUAUUUUUGCUUUUUUGUUGAGGUUUUGUGUGUGAUUUUGUUUGAAGAGAGCACUGUGAUUUUCUUUGAAGAGAGCUUCAGACAAAACAAUGUUUAAUGGGCUACUAAAAAUUCUUGCUUAAUCAAGCGCUCAUUUCUACUAAUUUCCACCAGGGGGCGAUAUUGUAUCAAUCUCAAAUAAACCAGAGCCUCUGAAAAUUUAGAAAUGACAAGAAAUAAAAAGUA